AGAGUAAUUGGGCAUCAAUUAGGGUUGAAUGUUGCCUUCGGUGAACAUACGCGCCUCAUCCUCACGGCCUCUACGGGUCCACCUCCGGCGUUCCAUCACUGCUUCAUCUCCAUCUGCCAUGGAAACCCAACAUUUUUAUCAUCCAUUGGUAGCAAAGACAUCAACUAUUAGUCUUUUGAAUGUUAGAGGGACGUCAAACCUUGGUUUCGAUGCAACCUUCAUAAAGCCACACAAACACAAACAAAACUCUUUUCAGAGCGGAUGCGGAGACUACUACAAGAUUAAGCAUGGGAAUUGUGAGAUGACAAGGUCAUAUAGGAAAGUUGCAUCAAUUGUGGCCAACAUAGAAGAAUACAAGUGUGUGAAAGAAGUAGUUAUGAGAAACCAAUCCGAGUUCCAACAGAAGUUGAUGAUUUGGGCAGAAUACAAGUGCGUUCCAGCGAUAAUAACAGCCAUUAAAAGAGUCAUGAUAAGUCAACUGAAGCUCCUAGUGAUGCUGGCGAUGGCUGGAAUGACCAUGUCAAUUAAUUUCGUGUUCAUUUUCUUGCGAGACUCUGCACCCGACUUCCCACCUCUUUGGUUCAAAGCUCUUACUGCAACCAUUCCAUUUUUACCUGUCCUUCUUAACUUUCUUCUCAUCCCCAAAACCACCACCGUCAGAUAUACAGUUGCUGCCUCCAUUCUCGGACAGACUCUCGGAUUAGUGGCCCUCAAACGCUUUUACGCCAACCGAACCUUCUCUCACCGCCACCGCCUCCGCCUCUGAUGCCUCUUAUUUAAUUUCUAUAUCAUGUGAAUAUGUUUGUUGAAUAGGUCUAAUAAUAAUAAACCC